GACGCCAAGCGUGUAAGCCACUGGGCAUCAUGGAGGCAGAGCAGCGGCCGACUACGGGAGCUGGCGAACGGGCGACCCCUGGGCUGGAAGCGGCGCCUCUGGCUGCUCCGGCGCCUGUGACCGCGGCCUCGGGACCGCUGCCUGGGUCUGGGCCCGAGCCCAAGAGAAGGCAUCUCGGGACGCUGCUCCAGCCCACGGUCAACAAGUUCUCCCUUCGCGUGUUCGGCAGCCACAAGGCAGUGGAAAUCGAGCAGGAGAGGGUCAAGUCAGCGGGGGCCUGGAUCAUCCACCCCUACAGCGACUUCCGGUUUUACUGGGACCUGAUCAUGCUCCUGCUGAUGGUGGGGAACCUCAUUGUGCUGCCUGUGGGCAUCACCUUCUUCAAGGAGGAGAACUCCCCACCUUGGAUCGUCUUCAAUGUCCUCUCUGACACUUUCUUCCUGUUGGAUCUGGUACUCAACUUCCGCACAGGCAUCGUGGUAGAGGAGGGUGCUGAAAUCCUGCUGGCCCCUCGCGCCAUCCGGUCUCACUACCUGCGCACCUGGUUCCUGGUCGACCUCAUCUCCUCCAUCCCCGUGGAUUACAUCUUCCUGGUGGUGGAGCUGGAGCCACGACUGGACGCCGAGGUCUACAAAACGGCGCGGGCCCUACGCAUUGUGCGCUUCACCAAGAUCCUCAGCCUCCUGCGGCUGCUCCGCCUCUCCCGCCUCAUCCGCUACAUACACCAGUGGGAGGAGAUCUUUCACAUGACCUAUGACCUGGCGAGCGCGGUGGUUCGCAUCUUCAACCUCAUCGGGAUGAUGCUGCUGCUGUGUCACUGGGACGGCUGCCUGCAGUUCCUGGUCCCCAUGCUGCAGGACUUCCCCCCUGACUGCUGGGUCUCCAUCAACCACAUGGCGAACCACUCGUGGGGACGCCAGUACUCCCACGCCCUGUUCAAGGCCAUGAGUCACAUGCUGUGCAUUGGCUACGGGCAGCAGGCACCUGUCGGCAUGCCCGACGUCUGGCUCACCAUGCUCAGCAUGAUCGUGGGCGCCACGUGCUACGCUAUGUUCAUCGGCCAUGCCACCGCCCUCAUCCAGUCCCUGGACUCUUCCCGACGUCAGUACCAGGAGAAGUACAAGCAGGUGGAGCAGUACAUGGCCUUCCACAAGCUGCCCGCCGACACUCGGCAGCGCAUCCACGAGUACUACGAGCACCGCUACCAGGGCAAGAUGUUCGACGAAGAGAGCAUCCUGGGCGAGCUGAGCGAGCCGCUUCGGGAGGAGAUCAUUAACUUCACCUGCCGCGGCCUGGUGGCCCACAUGCCACUGUUCGCCCACGCCGACCCCAGCUUCGUGACAGCGGUGCUCACCAAGCUGCACUUUGAGGUCUUCCAGCCAGGGGACCUCGUGGUGCGCGAGGGCUCCGUGGGCAGGAAGAUGUACUUCAUACAGCACGGGCUGCUCAGCGUGCUGGCGCGCGGUGCCCGGGACACCCGCCUCACCGAUGGAUCCUACUUUGGGGAGAUCUGUCUGCUGACGCGGGGCCGGCGCACGGCCAGCGUGCGCGCUGACACCUACUGCCGCCUGUACUCGCUCAGCGUGGACCACUUCAACGCCGUGCUGGAAGAGUUCCCCAUGAUGCGCCGGGCCUUCGAGACGGUAGCCAUGGACCGGCUGCGCCGCAUCGGCAAGAAGAAUUCUGUCCUGCAGCGGAAACGCUCCGAACCAAGUCCGGGCAGCAGCGGGGGCACCAUGGAACAGCACUUGGUGCAGCACGACAGGGACAUGGCCCGGGGCGUUCGGGGCCUAGCCCCGGGCACAGGAGCUCGGCUCAGCGGAAAGCCAGUGCUGUGGGAGCCCCUGGUGCACGCGCCUCUGCAGGCGGCCGCCGUGACCUCCAGUGUGGCCAUCGCCCUGACUCACCAGCGGGGCCCUCUGCCCCUCUCCCCUGACUCUCCAGCUACCCUCCUCGCUCGCUCUGCCCGACGCUCAGCAGGCUCCCCGGCCUCCCCACUAGUGCCCGUCCGAGCUGGCCCUCUGCUGGCCCGGGGCCCCUGGGCAUCCACCUCCCGCCUGCCUGCCCCACCUGCCCGAACCCUUCAUGCCAGCCUGUCCCGGGCUGGGCGCUCCCAGGUGUCCUUGCUGGGCCCCCCCCCGGGAGGAGGUGGACGGCGACUAGGACUUCGGGGCCGUCCCCUCUCCGCCUCCCAACCCUCUCUGCCUCAGCGGGCAGCUGGUGACGGCUCUCCUGGGCGUAAGGGCUCAGGAAGUGAACGCCUGUCCUCCUCAGGACUCCUGGCCAAGCUGCCAGGGACAGCUCAGUCGCCCAGGCCAUCAGCGCCUGAGCCAGCUGCCCCCCGGGGCCCCCAGCUCUCUGCCAACAUGUGAAACCCUUGGGUAAGCUCUUGGGUGCGCCAGUGUGCGCCCGAGGGCAGAUGCCUCUUGGGGAAGGCCAAGGAGACCCGAAACACGGCCCUGUGGGAAUAUCUCCCCAGGAGAUGGCCUCUGUCCUCAGCUCAGGCACCCUGCAGCCUGUCUGACAUCCUCCUAAUCCACUCACUCGUUCAUCAAACGUACUGAGCGCCUACCACAUUCAAGACACUGUGCCAGGCGCUACAUGUCUUCACUGCCAAGUAGAAGUGACUCUAAGGCCUCCGAGCAGGGUGUUCCCCUGGGAUAGUCCUGCCAGGCGCAGGCUUAGCCCCAGGCCCCCGCCUCACGAAGCACAAGUCCUUGUCCCCCCACCCCCCAUCACUGCCAAGCAACUAGAUGUCUCUGUUUCCCUGCCCUUGACCCCACAGGAACCACCUGCUGUGGGUUGACUUCUGUCUCCCUGGCACAGCCGGGCACUGCCAGUCACCUGUGCCUCCGCUGCUGUCAACAGAUAUCUUGGCUCCCCAGCGUGGGCACCCACCAUCACUGCCGCGUGUGCCCCCCC